GCAAAGCCUCCCCCCGGAUUACCUCCAAAAAUAACAAACUAAAAUAAUAAACAAAACAACAAACCAGUAAACCGUAGAUAAGGCCGGCGCUAGACACGGUCCUCAAGGUUUACGCUGUCUUUCUGGAAUUUGUUAUGCACAAUUGUAAUAAGUUUCCCUCCAAAAAAUUAGAAGAGGGGAGAAAAAAAAAUUCGGGAAGGACGAGCCCCCAUUUUAUGUUACGAACCCCUAAGCAAACCAUAAGGAAGGGGUAAACGCAACGCCAUAAAGGAAGGACACGUGAAACCAAAUUACUGCAAAAUAUUUAUUUAAAAAGGAAACAAGCAUCACAAGAAAAAACUAACCUUGAAAAUUAAGUCUUUAAGUAAAAAAAUAAUCAAAUUACUCCCAAUAAUAAUGCUAAUUUAAAUACCUGAAACCUUAACCCAUAACAACUAAUCAAACUUACAAAUAACGAAAAAAAAUACAGAAAACUAAACAAGGAAAAAGAGAGAUGUUUGCUGGAGCGGAUUCUGCUGGUAAGUGCUCUCUUGGCUAUUUCCACCAGCCUCCUUAAUAUAGCCACCCACAACGAACCCAAUUGGAUUUUCAUAAACGGACAUUUCAACCUCUCCGGUUUCAAAAAAAAAUUCGUGCACACAUGUCAGUUUUCAGAAAAGUGUUCAUUUACACGUACUCGUGUAUAUUUGCCGUUAAGAGCAUGCCAAACAUGUAGGUGGCGGUGUAACGAGAAGCUCAAGCCCACGUAAGCCAAUCAGAAUCACGAAAACAGCACCGAAUCACUUCCUCUUCCUCUUUUCAACAAGGAUGGCGCGAGGAUCAUCAUUCGUGUGGACUGACCAGGAAGUAGAGCUCCUAUUAAAUGUUACUUUAGAUUAUAAAACCACAAAAUUACAGGAGAACAUCGACUGGGAGACGUGCCAAAGUAAAUAUGCCGACAUACUAACCCUCUUUUUAGAGCAGUACCCCAACGCAUCUUCCGAUGAUUUUCCUCACCAAAAGGAGGACAUUACCCGCACCGUCCUCACAACCAAGCUUAAGGCAGUUCGGGGGAAAUAUAGAGGUGCUGUGGACACAGGCCGUAGGUCUGGGCAUGGAAGAGUAGUCCUCCUGUAUUUUGAGAUGUGUGAGCAGGUAUGGGGUGGUUCGCCGGCCAGCACCACUUUGCCCACCGGUGUCGAAACUAAUGACCUGGAGCCCUCGUCCCGAGCGUCGCUUCAAAGAUCGUCAAAAUUGGAUGUCAUUGAUUCCAGCGUAGAAGUUGAAGGACAUGCUGAUGAUGGCAGCGUAGCACCACCAGUACAACCAGUGAAGGAGAGGAGAGAUCUUCUAAACGCCAAACUAAGAGGACACCGUCAGGAGCGUCUGAAUAAAAGGCUUUCAGCAGAGGCUCUGCAACAACAUGCUGUUGAAGAAGACCAGCGUAUUAAAAGACAACUCCUUAACAUCAUUGAGGCCUCAGAAAAAAGAGCUGCUGACAACUUCUCUAAAGUUUCCACUACACUGGAUAGACUUACAACCUCAAUUGCUGAUGGAUUUUCUUUUCUGCUGGAAACACUCCAUACACCACCAGUAGCACAGGCAGCACCACCACACUACACCACAACACUAGCCCAGCAAGUUCAUGUGCCAUCACAACACUCAUAUCUGCCAAAUCAAAUACAUCAGGUAUUCCCACAAAACUCAUCAGGCAAUAGAACACACCACCACACACACAACAUAAUGCCCAUUACAACUAACACUGCAGAUUUGUCCUACAUACCUGUUGAAGGCCCAGGGGAUUUCUCGUACAAGAAAGAUUGAAAAUAUUACUGUUGAUUCUGCUGGCUACGGCUACUUUUUGAUAGUAAAAAAGCAAGUAUAAUAGGUUAUGUUUCAGCAUUUGCAAUAAUACUUUACACAAAUUGCACUUUAAAGGGAAAAUAUAAAGGCUUGUCUGAUGUUUUGGCAGCUGCAAAAACAGUUUACAAAAAUUGCACUUUUGUUGUUUAGUGUACCUUCAGAAUGUUUUUUUUACCAUUGAGGUCAGUUGAAUUACGAAUUGAGUUCAUCUGAACACUGUUCCUAUGCCCUAUUUUUGAACAGUUAUACCAUUUGUUUAUUGUAAUGUGCUAUGUAACACACAUCUUAAAGCCUCUUGGAAAUGACACUGAAUGCUGUUUAAUUUAUUGUUUUUUAAUUUAUGUCAGUUAGAAGCAGUAGGCAGAACAGAGGCAUUUUAUUUGAACAGUGUUUGUUCUCUUUAAUGCUGUAUUGACAAACAAUUCUUGUGUGUGAUCAAAAUUAAACUGGUUGAAAGGCAUUCAGACUUGUGUGUGUAAUUUUAUAAGAUUCACAUAGUGAGGUUUACUGGGGCAACUGUAACACCACUGUCCAUUUGUUACUGUAAACCUGGGCCACAAAACUGAGUAGCAAAUACAAAGAAUGAAAUUGAAAUGAAAAAUGCUGAAACAUAAAAAGGAGCCUGUACUUAAACAUUUAAUUUUAACGUGUGUUAAAGGAAUAGUUCACCAAAACAAUGAAAAUUCUGUCAUAAUUUACUAA